AUGCCAUCUCCUCAGAAUGUACGCCGGCUAGUUCUAACAGCUGCUGUGACAUCGAUUACUAUUGCGAGUACCCUGUAUGGAGCGGGGAUCAAGACGAAUGAGGAGAUUUCGGAGAAUAUGCGCAAGCGCCAAGAAUCAACUUUCGACGAAAAAAUGACGGCUCUCCAAGGGAUGCGUUCAAACCUGACGGCCCGGAAAGGCAUGCUCGAGACCCAAAUUCGCGACCUGGAUGCGAAAAUUGAAGCAAAAAAACAAAUUAAUACGUCAAAACAUGAUUUGGAGCAGUCACAGGAACGACGAUGA